GAUGAAGAUCCCCUCCACCUCCUCCAAAGCUUCUCCUCCCUGAAAGAUGCUCCACCCACCAAGACCUGGACAAAGGUCAGAGUUCAUCCACCAGCAUAUGAGGGGACUGUGGAGAGAGCUCUGACUCAGCUGGAGAAGAAGAACCAAGUGAUGAUCAAGAAGUUGAUGGAGAUGAAGAGGAUCCAGCAGUUUGCUGUUGAUGUGACUCUGGAUCCUGAUACAGCUCAUGCUAGUCUCAUCCUGUCUGAUGAUGGAAAACAGGUGAAACAUGGAGAUGAGCUAAAGAAUCUUCCAGACAAUCCAGAGAGAUUUGAUAAGUGUGUUAAUAUUUUAGGACAGCAGAGUUUCUCUUCAGGCAAAUUUUACUUUGAGGUUCAGGUUAAAGGAAAGACUAAAUGGGAUUUAGGAGUGGCCAGAGAAUCCAUCAGCAGGAAGGGAGAGCUUACAUUGAGUCCUGAGGAUGGUUUCUGGAGUAUUUGGUUAAGAAAUGGAAAUGAAUAUGAAGCUAGUGCUGACUUUCCAGUCCGUCUCCGUCUCCAUCCUGGUCCUCAGAAGGUCGGGGUGUUUGUGGAUUAUGAGGAGGGUCUGGUCUCCUUUUAUGAUGUAGAUGCUGCAGCUCUGAUCUACUCCUUUACUGGCUGCUGCUUCAAGGAGAAACUCUACCCUUUCUUCUGUCCAUGUAAUAAUGAUGCAGGUACAAAUUCUGCACCUCUGAUAAUCUGUCCUGUUUAUUAGGCUGAUCGUUGAUCUGAUGAAGAUGAUUUUAAGAUGAAUCUUCAUCAUCUCCUGCUGGUGGAGAUGAGAGGUUGGGAACAUCCUCAGGAGGGUGUCACUUAUUUUCUGCUUCAGUUUCUUCACAUUUUCAGCUUCUGAUUAGUUAUGAAGUCAAGUCAGAUUGUUUUAAGCUCAGAGUUUAUUUAAUUGUUCUACUGAUUGUUUCAUCUUGUUUCCUUUUCCUUAUUGUAUUGAUGAUCAGUUUUAAAUCUGCAUACAAUGUUUUAACCUGUUCAUCAAAUGAAAACAGAUUUUUAAUAAUAACAUUUAAAGCAUUUUAAAUUCUGCUUCAUGGUGGUUUUAUGUGAACUUUUAAAUCAGGAGUGCAAAUGUAACACGAAAUGAUUGAUGAAUAGAAAUAUUAUAUUGUGAAAUUUACUUUUUUCUAUUCAUUUCUGAGGUCAUAUUAAUCUUUAAACCUGCAUGACUGGAACUUGGUGCAGCUCUGUGUUUCUGCCGCAGCUUCACCACAGUAUCAAUUGACUCAAGUUUAUUUGUAUCCCAUAUUUCAUUAUAAUUUACAUCAUAAAAACAAAAAUGCAAAGUUAUUCAACCCACAAGACAAUUAUUGGAAUCUUAUAUUUUGCCAUGGUCAUUCAUCAAAAUGUUUCUUAGUGUUUAAAUUUGCAGUUACUUCA